CCAUUAUUCACCUUGGAAGCCGUGAGCUAACCAGCAAAAACGUCUCAUCGCCUUAGGCACGCCGUGCAAACGUCAAAGAACCAAGUGCUUGGCAGCCUGUCGACGCGGCAAACGGCAAGCCCCCGAUGUGGAGCCUUCGCCCGCUACAAGGCUGAUAUCUCCGCUUGACUCCCGCCUCUUGCCAACUCUCCCCAACCUCACUUCAACACCUUUCGAUCCUCUGCAGCCACGCCCAGCAUUCAUCCUUCCAAUGGGUAAUCUCUGUGGGAAGCAGUCAAAGGAAGACAACUUCGCCGGCCCCGGCCGCACAUUGGGCUCUGCACCACCACCCAAAGCGAAGGCGUCCAUCCCGUCCAGAGUAGCCAAGACAGAUGGAGCUACGAGUUCGGCAGGAAAUUCCACAGGCCCAGGACGGAUAGUAGGUAGAGAGCAGACAGGCGAUGGUGCGCGAUCCGCUGCGGCGGCAGCAGCAGAGGCGCGCGCAUCGAAGACGACCGGCGGAGACCUCGCCAAGAAGCUGGAAGCGCAGAAGAAACAAACGCAGAGUCAGACCCUUCAAGAAGCUGCACGAGAGAACAGACUCCAGCGAGAGGCAGAUGCGGCGACUGAGACGAGAAAUUACAACUGAGCGGGACAAUACGUCAUGGCCGUUUGCGCUCCAAAUUCUCAUUUGGGUGCUUGAGGUACCAAAUGCGCUGUUGCUGCAGCCUUAUGACGGAUGAAUUGAUGAGACCUGUGCUGGCGCAUAUUCGUGUUGCAUCGGGACGGAGUUUUCGAUUUAUGCUUGCCAUAUUUUCUAGAAUACUUGCCAUGUCUGUCCGAAUCUCAUUUGAUCCCCCUUAA